AUGCCCACAGAAGAGGAGGAGCGCAAGGCGAAAGCAGAGCGUGCGAAGAAGCUCCUCGCUCAGCGUCAAAAGAAGGCAAAAGCCGCCGCGUCGUCCGCUACUACCCCUGCACCCUCAAAUCCCUCUUCCUCGCCCGCUCUCACCGACGUGGAUGCGGGUCUCGCGUCCGCAAGGACAUCCAUGAGCAUUGAUGAUCGGACGGAGCUGGCGCCACCACCCAAAGGCGAGGCGAGGCGGAAGAAGGCGGUCAAGCCAGAUGUGGAGGAAGAUGUGGAUGCUGGGAAGGAGGCGGUAGUUGAGGAAACGAAGCAGGCAGAGACAAAGGCGGAGGAAAUGAAGGAGGAGAAGGCUGAGGAGACAAAGGCGGAGAAGGCGGUGCCAGCCAAGGAGGCAGACGUGCCUACAGCCACAGUCGAAUCGGCAACCCCCUCCCAAUCGCCUCGACCAAAUACGGACUCCAUCGAAGCUACGGCCAAGCUUCAAGAGACCGUCUCCCUCCUCAUCGCCGAGCGUGCCGAUCUCCAAUCUCAGCUCUCUGCGCGAGAUGCAGAUCUGGCAUCAGCGGCGGCAGACCGAAAGCUGCUGGACGAGGGGAGGGCGAUCACGGCGAGCCUCGAGGCAGAAAAGGCAGUGUUGGUGGCGAGGGUGGAGGCGUUGGAAUUGGAGACGAAGGUGGCGAAGAGCCUGGAGUCGAGUCUGGCAGAGGCGAAAGGCGAGGUGGAGUCUUUGAAGGAGGAGGUCAAGAAGCUGGAAGCGGCAGCCAAGGCGGAAGAAAGCGGCAGAGCGAAGGUGGCGGCGAAGAACGAGGAGAAGGUGACAGGGCUCGAGCGGGGUCUGGAGCGGGCAAGAGAAAGGGAAGGCGUGCUGGAGAAGGAGGUGGGGCGAUUGAGAAAGGUUGAGAUUGAGCUCAAAUCAACUCUCGAAGGCCGGUCAAGCGAGGUCUCUGCUGUACAAGCCGACCUGGGUGACGCGAGACAGCAGCUCGAGUCCACCCGGGGCGAGCAAGCGGCCCUACAGACCCUACACGACACUCUCUCCUCCGCUCACACUUCCCUUCAGGCCACACAUACAUCCCUCACCGCCGGUCUCGCCCAAUUACGCACGGACUACUCCUCGCAGACCGAACAACUUCGUGUUGCGGAGUCUUCCCUCUCCAAUACCAAAGCAGACCUUGAGAAGGCCAAUACCACCCUGUCUACAGACCAGAAACGUGCCGAUGCGGCGGAGAAGAAACGGACCGCGUUGCAAACAGAGAAUGCGGAUCUGCUGCGACAGCUGGAGGAGGUACGAGGGAAGGUGUCGCUGGUGAUGGAGGAGAAGGCGGAGCUGGCCGGCGAGCUGGAUUCGGCCAAGGGGCAGAUCAAGCGGGUGGAUGACCAGGCAGUCAAGAGGCUGGAGGAGGAGCUGCAGGCGUCAGCAUCUCGGGUACAGGCCUUGACGCGUCAACUCGCCGAUUUACAGGCGGCAUAUGCGUCGUCACAGAAGGAGCGUGGCGAGGCGCGUCGCACCCCAUCCGCUGAGACACCUCCUUUAUCCCGUACAUCCAACGUCAAUCGUACAGUCGACGCCAUCCUUCCCGCCAACGUUCGGCAUAAGCGGCAAGUCUCGCUCACGGCGCUCAAAGCAAGGAUGGGGUCGUCCUUCACCCGGGGCGGUAUGGAGUCAUUAGCGGAGAAUCCAGGGGAGAGGAAGCAGUUCGGAGACGAGAUCAUGUUCUGCUGUCCUGCAUGCGAGGGGGAUCUUAUAACAUUGUAG